UUUAAGCAUAUAUCGCUUCUGUUAAAACUAAGCUUUCAGCUAGGGCGCCAACUUUCUAGUCAUAUUAUAGUUCUACAGUAGCCAGCUGACACCAUGAAUUUUCGUAAAUGAGACAAUAAAAAUUCCGUGGCAUUCAUGAUUUUAUUUAGCGGAUUUUUAAAAAUUCAUUAUUUUUGGGGUAAUUUCUUUUAAUCCUGAUCGGAGACAUAAAAACACCUUUAAUUUCCAGGAAGCUAUCAGAAAAAAAAUAUCGACCCGAUUGGUUCAGCUGUUUACUAGAUCCAAACUGCAACAAACAAAGAGACAAAGCAAGUAUAUGUAGAUAUAUUAUCAAGGCUAAAUAAGGUCAAUUUUCAGGUUCAUGUACUCAAGGUCAAUUCGCCUUCAAAGCUAGAGUAAUUCCCACCAAAAUGUACCUUUCCACAAGAUGUGAAUAUUUGAUAAAAUAUGGUUCUGUUUAAACCACCGCGCCUGACGGAAGUCUAAAGAAAACCGAAAAGUCAUAAAUUAAAAAGCGGGGUUUUAAAAUUUCUUCAAAGUGCGUUUUCAAAAAUAUUUGAAAGUACAUGAUUAUGAAAGAGCUUGAUGUUUGUUGUACUUCUAACGUCAGAGGAUAAUUAGCAGCUAACGGUUACUGUACACUUGGAGGUUAAUGAAUUAUGUGGACAAUUUUUAUUUACUGUUUGACCUGCUAAACCAUCUUUAUCUGAUUAUCUCAAAAUAUUUCUAGAUUUCUCAGCGUAGAUUCAUGGAUUCAUAAACCCGAGAUGAGAAGAUAGAACCCGGUUUGUUUAUCCUCUUCCUACGUCAUAGAUUGCCCCAAACUCAUUAGUGAGACAAGACCGGUUAGUUCCCAGAGCUGCAGCUGUUUGAUAGUAUCGGAGUAAACCCUGCACAACCUGGGCAGGUUCAUCACCAAAUUCAAGUUCUGUGGCGCAAAAUUUACAAGGAUGCUACAGGACGAUCAACCUUCUCCGGGUUCACAGAACACAGGGGCGGACUCAGGGAUAAUACAACCUUGUAUUCCAGUGAUAUGUAUUAUUGAUGAAGAUAAAAAUGACUUUGUUGAGUGUGGCAACUCAAAUUCAGAAAACCCCAACUUUUUACACCCUGAGAGUGCAGAGAUACGACCCGGAGCAUCUUCAAGACUCUCCGCAGGAUCCUCAACCCUAUCUUUCUUCUCCGUAGCCUCCUCACGUAUCUCCAGUAAGGUAGACCUAGAUGCGGGACGAGCUCUCUGCCACAGAUCCACCGGGCUCCUCCUGGCCUUCCUCUCCGGGGUCCUCAUGACAGUGUACUCCAGUAUGAUCAAGUUCCUGGUGGAGAUGGACAGUAUGCAGGUUGUCAUCAUCCGAGGAGUUAUCCAAGCAGUCUGUCUCGGAGCUGUGGCUUAUUAUAAAAAAAUGUCCUUCAUAGGAUCAAGAGAGAAAUGUGCUCCUCUAAUUCUAUUUUUUGUUUCAAUCACAGGAGGGUUGAGGUUGCUCUUUAUAUUUACAUCCUUCUCCAGACUUCCAUUGGGGGACUCAACCACAAUCAUCUUCUCUUCUCCUGUAUUUGUGAUGCUUCUCUCAAUAUGUAUUCUCAAGGAGAGCUGUGGUUUAUUCCGACUGUUUGCUGGAACUACUCUUAUCUCCGGAGUAGUACUCAUCGCUAAACCACCAUUUAUCUUCGGGUCUUCACAGGUUGAGGAAUAUGAUGCUCUAGGUUAUUCCCUGGUAACCCUGGCCUGCCUCAGCUCCGCCCUGGGGAUCGUGUUCACCAAGAAGAUCAGCCAGAAGGUGGAGAAGAACGUGAUCGUAUUCUACCUGGGCCUGGCUUCUGUUGUGUGCGGGAGUAUUGGGUUGUUUACUCUGGGUACUCCUAGUAACCCUCCUCUAUGGGAGUGGGGACUAGCUGUUGGUAUAGCUGUCCUGGGUAUUAUACAGCAGUAUAUGCUCAUAUAUGCUGUUAGUCUGGAGUCUCCUUCCAGAGUUACAAUUGUUCGGCAAUCUCAGAUAGUUCUAGCUUACAUAGUUCAGGCUGUAUUCUUCGGUGUUCUGCCCCUGUGGACAGAUAUAGUCGGAGCUCUAUUAGUCCUCGGAACUGUUGUAACCAUGACCUUUGAGAAACAGAUCCUUGAGACGAGACUCUGCAGUAACAAGUACAUCAAGGGGAGAGGAUGCAAGGAUGACGCGGAGUAUAAAACUAAACCAGGAGUAAACCCUCCUCAUGGUAAGGAUAAAAGUAUAGAGGAGGAGAAGAAGGACGUGGAGAACUGUGGAACUCCGGAGGAGAAGGAUAGUCCAGAGUGUGAUAAGAGGAACCCGGAGACGGAGAAAUGUAUUCCUAAACCUUGUCAAAGCUUAGACAAAAAAGAAACAUUUUCCAUUUUAAAAGAAUGAUAUUUCUCGAAAGAGUAAAUUGCAUUUCAUUCAGUUUAAAGGGAGUGUUUAUAAAACUUUAAAAGAGGGCAACACUGAUUUUUUUCUGUUUUGUCAUAGGUUUAUUUACGGAGCAUUUAAAAACUCCACAACGGUUAUGUUAUGUCAUGUUAUGGCUCGUAACCCCGGCCCUUUUAGAAUUUGAAAAUGGUUCCUUUAAAAGUUUUUUUGAAUGCACCUUUUUUUUAGCUUGCUCAAUUAUUACCGAAAUCAGACCUUGUUUCAUAAAUUUUAAAUCCAA